CCGGCGGCGCGGAGAAGAGCGGAGGAUAUCAUAUCAGGAGCGAGGAGCCGGAAUCAAAAUAAAUGCUAAUGAGGGCAUGUUCUGGCUUGAGAUACGAUGGAUUCAUUCAGUGAACUACAUGAGAACUUGUUACAAGGACAUUGCCUGUGUCACAUCAAGAUGGGAAACAUCCUGGAACUACUAGAUCUUGGUUCACAGGUCAGAGGUCAAGGGUUAGAAGGAGAGAUUUCUUUUACCACCAGAGAUCAAGUCUUGGUGAAGUUAGGCUUGAUCAUUAGUAUUCAUGAGAUUAACCACUGCAGCAACAUAGAGCAAGUGCAGCAAGCCCUCUGUUCAUCAGAGAAUUUAGAGCUUCUGCUCUCCAUGUUAGGCUCAAGGGAUCAGCUUAUUGCACAUAGUGCCAGUCGAUGCCUAGAAGCUCAUUUGCUGCUAUUAGCCAAGUUUGAAAAAGAUAAGGUGGAAUGUCUUCUGAAACAGGCUAUCAGUUCUAUGCUUCAUCAUGGAGGAGAGCUGGAGAAGGUGUCUUCAGCCAUCAACAGGACCGUCUUUACUCUGGAUCUCAUGUCUAAUAUGUUGAGAGGAGAAUCUGCAAAGUCUGGCCAAACAAAUAGAGCCACACCUACUCUACCUUGUAUGGGGAUAUCUUCAUCAGCCACAGAUGAGGGCAGCAGACCCAUUCAGCAGACUAGUGAUGGUCACACCGUCUGGUACUACAAUGUCAUCAAGGAGAGUAUCCUAGAGCUUUGUGCAGUCUUUUCAAAUCAGUUUGAUGAAGCUUCCAAUGCACAACAUGCCAGCGAACAUGAACAAUCCUCUAUCUCCUGGCUCCACUCAUUGAAUAUUGCUUACAAACACAAGAUCUACCAUGCUUUUCUAAGACUUCUCUUGUCAUUUACCAAAGAACAGAUGGGUACAGAGAGAGGCCCCUUCAGCACAUUACCUUUCAUACAGUCAGUCUUGCCUCACCUACAAGCAGUACUAGUGACUUAUUCCCAUGGUAGCAUUGCCAAUUUGAAGAUGGUGCUCGGUGUACUGAUCAUGUUCCUGCAGGCAUGUGUCAAAGCUAGUGAGAGUGCAAAGUGUGGAGCAGUUGAAACAAGUGACAUAGGGCUUCUGCAAUCAUUACAUUCAUCAUGGAGUGGACUUCUUGCAGACAUCUGUGAAGAUCUGUGGUUAGAACAGAUGCCAUAUCACAAAGGACCUGUUGGUUUUGGCGGAUUCACAUUUGCAUCCGAAGAAGUGCAUGAUAGAUCUUCAGAGGAGUACAUCAGAGGAGACAUAGUGAUCCUGAGAAAGCUUGCUCAGCUGGUUUUACUUGGUGUAGAAUUAGGAAUAUCCUCUGGAAUAGAAUUUAGACCUCUGGCCAGAAACUUUUACCAAAUGUGUCAUUUCAUUGAGUCCAAAUUGCAAGAGGCAUUGCUGCAGCAGGAAGAAUCAAUGGAUCAAGGAAGAUGGAUCUUUGAAAUAUUUGGUGAUCAAGAUGAUACUCUGAUAGAAAUAAUGCUUAUACUUUUGAAGAUCAGUCUGUCAGCACAGACACACCUUGAAGAGGAAAGCGAUGAAUCAUCCUAUAGUGAGAGCAGAGGAGAAAUUGGUGAUCCUGAGAACAAAAUUCCUGCUGAGAAGUCGGGAUGCAUCCUUGAUGCGCAUCACAUCUUUGUCUCUUUUUUGGAUCACAUGUCUUGGGACAACAGUAUCUUGCUUGAUCUGCUCAUUUCAACUGAAACAGAGUUCCUAGAGUAUUUCAUCAGGUAUCUGCGAUUUGUAACAAAUAAUUGGCAAGGGUUUGUUCGGGUUCAGAAGAGUUUCAGAAAGAAAGAAGAGGAUAAUGAUAAUGUUUCAUGUGAGAUGCCUACAAGGUACAAUGCCAGUGGCGAUGAUGGUAGUCAUGAUGAUGAUGAUGAUGUUUCUGAUGGUUGCAGCAAUAUUGAUGAGGAUAUUAAUGAAACUAGAAUUAGUAAAGAUGAUGUCAGUGACAAUACUUUAGAUGAUCAUAUGGAGAACGAUGUCAGUAGGAACAAAACCAGUGCUGACAAGAAUGAUCUUUGUGGACAAACUGAACCAGAGUCCCUUCCACAGGCAUCUGAAAAAUUUCCUGUUAAACGGAAAUGGGAUAUUGAAGAAGCACAUGAAAAUGCAACAAGGAGAAUAAAGAAAACACAAGGAGAAGAGCUUUUCAAGGUCCCUCUACCUCUUGAUACAAAACAGUGUAGUCAUGAAGACUGUAGUGUGAAUGACCCCUUGGCAUCAGAGUUGGGUUGUUUAGAUGAUACCAUGACCGUCUUGAUUCGACUCCGUCUUGCCAUAGAAAGGCUGGACAGGAAACGUCUUUUCCCAUUCUCGGCUGCUCCUCUCAUCAGAAUACUUGUCAAAGUAGAAGAUAUGUAUGAAGCAAUGGAUGGGUGACAUAUGUCAAUGGAUGGUUUGAGAUGACAAUUAGACUUAGAGCACUGCAACCGUGAACUUAAAAUGAGGCUGAUGCUGGAAUUGACGUCACUUGUGAGAGAACUGGCUUCUUAGAUUUUUGACAGAUGUGAAUAGAAUCUCAGGAUUCUACAUAGCAUGUGCAAUGACCUGAUGAACUGUGGCCAAGUGAGUCAAAUGUACCGGUAAGCAAUGGACUGGGCACUGAGUGAAGGGAACACAUCUUUAGCUACUUCCUCCAAGGUCUACCCCUACAUCCUAACCUGUAGCCUGGUCAGUCUGGAAGUACAUGUAGGGAGACUUGCUGUCCUCAAAAGUCAGUUAUGUCACUCAGUGUACAGCAUGGAUCCAUCCCCUAUCUGUUGUUUACCAUCUUUCAAGCACUGAUGAGAGAGAGAUAGUCUACCACAGAAAAGGACACCAAUCUUGAAAUCAUCCUCCACAUAGAAUGUCCAGUGUGAAUAAUUUAUUGGUAUCUAUAUGUGUUAUAGUUGAAGAGAGACAAUGGAUUUGACAGUUAACUCAUUUGUACACCCAUCAUCUUGUGUAAAAAGAUCUUCUUAUUCUUCAUGAUAGACGUGGCUGCAAUGGAGUUUUACUAGACAGGAGUUUAAUCAUCUGCAAACUUUUCUGAUACCAGGAAGGUGUCUUGAGGAGCAAACACCAUUUUCUAGAAAUCAAAUUCAGAUUGUCUAAUUAACACUGAAGAUGUGAUUAUUGGAUGGCACAACAUUUGCUCCAGUCUUAAUAUCUCUGAGGGCAUAAUGUUAGAGUUAGGAUUUUCAUCAAGUUUUUGGUUCAGAACAAUGUAAAGCUAAGGAUCAGGGUUUAUUUCGUUUUCGAGGUUAGGUUUUGUGUUUGGAUUAACGAGCAGAUUUUCAAUCGAAGCAAUUGUCUCCAGAGCAAAUGUCAUGAAACCAAUAAUUGAGCCAGUGUUGAUCAAUAAAUCAUUCUUAGGCACCAAAAGUCAGAGCUGAAUCUUUUGCGUAUGCAUUCAGCAGGCGUCUCUUCAGCACUAAAUCUCACAUUUGCUCAUAAGAAUGUUAUGGGGAUUGCUGCUUUAGGAUGUGGCCCAGACUUUUGGUG